CCUGGACAAGAGACCAACUGCAGUAAUCACACGAGUGUCAAAAAUGAUGCUGGUGGCCAACACGUUUGUAUACAUUUUUUAAAACUUAAGUCCGACAUAGGCAUCUUAGCACGUCAGUGUUCCCAUGCCUUUCCUUCCGGUUCAUGUAAUUAGAUUUAUUGUUACCCAGACAAAGGAUUUCAUUGAGUUUUUCGCCGUGUUUGUGCAAAAAACUCACAUGGUGUGGCAGAAGAAGAUUCCAACCUGAAACACCAUAAGGCCUGUCCUCUUGGAUGAACCUUCUCCUUUGAACUAUUUUGAGAUGCCUUGAGCUAACCACCACCAUAAAAUGGCAGGAUUGGUCUCCGUUGUGGGUUUGGUGGUGGCAGUCAAGACCUUUAUGGAUGCCUGUGGCUCAGGAACCAUGGUUCUGGGGUUUAUUUUGUUGAUGAACAUGAUAGCGGCAAACUCGCCUGUUGCAGAUGAGCGUCUAUUAUAUUCAACACACCAAACCAAGGGAUUUCUUGGAGAUGUUUCAAGUCCAACAAGGCCAUCAUUGUCACCUUCACCACCCUUCCUUACGAAUGCCUUAGAGAGCCAAGACACGCGUGUCCCUCAACAAGUCAUUCCUCAAUCCCACCAUGAAUCCUUCACUCCGAGUAAUCUCAAUGCAAAAGAAUCCCAGCCUCUUUCUACUCCGUCAUUACCUCCAUCUCAGCUGGCUUUGAGAUCAUUUCCACAAUUUGAGAAAGCGAAACUUUCCAUUGACUGGAAUGAGGCCCAGAUCAAAUCUGCCAAUCAAAAAACUCUCUUGCCAACUCCUUUAAUAUCUCAGAUGCAGCCCCAGUUAAAUGGAUCAAGGCCUUCUGCAUUUGAAAGGUCAACAGUGCCACAGCUUAGUUCUACAAAAGAAGCUCAAAAUGUUCAAGGCAGUGAGUCAACUGCUACAACAAUGACUAGAGUUCCUGGCGAACCCAUGAAUCCACUGGAUUUCAGUGACACUCCAUCAGACGAAGCUUACCAUUUAGAUCGUGUAGUAUUAUACCCUACAAUGGGUACAAUUCAGCAAGAGAACCAGCCCCGCCCAAGUGGCUCCACAAUGACAAAGAGUAAACCGAUGGAUAUUCUCCCCAACGCACAUGAGAUUCUAUCCCCAAGCUACUAUGUGCCUUUUAUCAGCCCUUAUCUUACUUCUGAACUGACGGAAGCUCCGCCAGAGGACUUCUACCCCACAAAUACCAUUGACUUUGACUGGGGGAGUGGAGAUUUUUUGGAGACAAUAGCAUUCUUAAAUCCUGAAGACGAUGACAACUCCUUGGUAACCAAGGUUCCCGACACAUAUGAUCAAGAGGACAAUAGAGAACAUUACAAUACAGCCUUUCCCUCCAGGGUCGGCACAUCCCUUUCAUCCUUGCAUCAUCUUAAUAGUGUAUUGCCAACUUCAAGCCUGAUGAUAGAAUAUUCCACACACUUACCUCUGACAUCAGUGGAUCACUCUUCUCUUUCUCCUGUUCAUACCACAAUAGGUCACAUACUGGAAGUUACUCCCACAAUUAGUACUGAGCUAAUAGAAUCAUCAGAAAGCAUGGAUUGGCAGGAUACUUAUAGCAUUCAACCCACUGAUGUCCUGUUACCUGACAUGAACAGCUUGGAGUAUUAUACCACACAGCUGACUAAGGAGAACUCUGGUUCAGUGAGAGAAGUUGAACAAAGAGGUAAUGUCACUUUGCUGUCCACCAGUUCUUUUGAUACCAGGCCUACCAGCAGCAUCAGCAAUCACAGAAGUGUGACUGAGCAGGACUUCGAUCAUGAUUUGUCUGGGUUUGAACCUCAGGGUAAAACAGUUAUCUUGGGAACAACAGAGAUUUUCAACAGCUCAAAGCCUUAUUUGCACCAUUCUGAUGUGACAACGCCGUUUCUUGAACCCUCUUCUUCGAUCUGGGCCACUCAUAUGUUAACCACAGAUUGGUUUUUAGGCACUCAUACUGUCAGCCCACACAGCUCUGUAGUUAUACGUCCCAGCCCUUUAGAUUUAUUACCAGAUGAUGUAGUCUCUACCUUGUCUCUGACAGACGUCCAGUGGUUUGUCACAGAGGUCCUAAACCCUACUUCAAUCCUUACUGCAACAGCUGCCUCCUCUGGUCCUACUGAGCACCUUCGUCCAUCAACUGAACAAGCAAUCAAUAUCACUUCAGGCUCAUCCAAUGCUACAGUGCUUCCUCCUGUUAUGUUGGGAGAUCAGGGAGUGACUAAAGAUGAAUUUGACAAUCCAGACACAAUGACCUUGAUUCCAACCAACAGUGACGCUAAUACAACUUCGCCCAACACCACAUUUCCAAAUGCCAGUGCAAGUUCCCAUCAAACAGUCAACGUUACCUCUGUCAUGGGUGGUGAGUGGCAGACUACAACUCUGACAUCUACACAGUACCUCUGCAACCCUGAGAAGCCUGAGUACUUAGUUAAAAUAGGUUUACCUUCUGGGGCCAAAGUUGAACACGUCACAUCUGAAGUGGAAGAGAUCCUGAAACGUGAAUUUAACAAAUCUGUGGCGUUACAGGUUGUAGAUCUACCACCAAAGUUUGUAUUUCGGGUUGUAUCUGAUCCAGUUGUGUACACAGCAAUAUCUGUCAUCAAUGCCUUACGGAGGUCAGGGCGGCACUUCCUGCCUCUGUCACCCCACUGGAUGACACAAGACAAUAAAUAUCAAGUUCACACAGUGCUACAGUUUGUUCCUGUUCAAGUUGACGUACGAUUUUGUAACUUCAGUGAACACAUUGAAAGAGGUUUGACCAUGGCUUUUACUGAAGUGUGUCUGCGCUCUAAGGUGUCGACCAAUUUCACAGUACAUAUUAUCAAUAUUACCAUGGCUGUUCCUAAAAACCAACAACAACUGGGGAGGUAUCCAGUGGACAUCACAUUUACUGUGCACAGCCCUCAAGGUUAUCUAUUGGGGUCAGAAGUCAGCACUGCUCUAAUGAAGCUCACCAAGGUGGAAUUCAGCUAUUAUAUGGGCUUUCCUGUUCAGCAGAUUGCUGAGCCCUUCCAUUAUCCAAAGUUGAACACAAGCCAGUUCCUUCGUUCCUCCUGGGUGAGAACAGUUCUCCUGGGAGUGCUGGAUAGUGAAGUCGGCCAGAGGACCUUUCAAGCAAACAUAGAGCGCAGGAUGGCCAUGUUACUUGGGGAGGCAAUGGGAUCGGUCAGACGUGUCAAGAGGGCAACUAAUGUUGGCAACAACAGCAUUCAGGUUGUGAGCGUGAACCGGCCUGUUGGUAUGGACAAUCCCUUGGAGGUUGUUUAUUUUGUGGAGCGCCCUGAUGGCCAAAGGGUCCCUGCUGUUGAAAUGGCCAGCAUUCUCAACAGUCUGGAUGUCCAAAAGGCUGCCAUCAUCUUGGGAUAUCGUGUUGAGGGUGUUUUAGCACAACCUGUAGAGAAGGUGCCAUCAUUACCUUCUGACACCGAGAACACCAACAUGUGGAUUAUCAUUGGAGUAGUGAUUCCUCUCCUGGUGGUCAUUAUCAUUAUUGCUAUCCUUUACCUAAAAUUGUGUCGGACAGACAAGCUGGAGUUCCAGCCAGAUGCCAUGACCUCCAUCCAGCAGAGGCAGAAGUCUGCUACAUCUCAGAGCCCUGCUCACCAGUCUCAUCAACAUGAAAGUGGUAUUGAGUGUAGUGAAGAAGAAGAAGAAUGGACAUAUGAAGAGGAAGAAGUGGAGUAUGAAGAUAUUGAGGAGGAGGAAAUUAGUGUUAAAAGCCAAAAGGGAACGCGAACCCUAAAGAGCAAAGACAGUACAAGCAGUGAGGAGGAGGAGGAAGAAGAAGAAAAUGUCAAAGAAGAAAGUGAGACUUUUGAGAAGAAUCUAGUCAAAGCAAAAGACAAAAGUUGGCAGGAAAAGAUGGCAACGCAAAAGAGAACAGAGGAGAUGAAGAAAGAAGAGAGAAUGAGGGUGUUUCCAAAAGGGAGAAGGGCCAAGCAGGAGCUACAAGCCCCAAGUGUGAAAGGCUUCGACUUUGCCAAGCUGCAUCUUGGUCAACAGAAUAAAGAUGAUGUCAUAGUUGUCCAGGAAUCCAUCUCAGCGGCGCCUCUAAAUAUCUCAGAUAAAGAAGGCCCCAGUCCUUCCCAAAAUGGGGAUGUCCCUACCCCCAUAUCCAAAAACUCCGCCUCCUCCACCAAGGCAUCGCGCAGCUUUCGAAGACGAGAAAGGAUCUCGCCGUCAGACGGCGAUUCCAUGGUGAGUGACCGCUCCAGUGGGCGCGAGUCAACUGAGGAGAACCUGAGAGCCCAGGCCACUCCUAGUGACAGCAAGCAGACGCGUAAGAUCCCCAUCAAUGUUUUAAAUGGCAAAAAUAGAAUUGGUCCUCCUCCUGCAAAUGGUCUCAAUGAACAGAUGUCGUCCGCUUCCAUAUUUGAACAUGUUGAUCGGAUGUCGCGGGCCACAGAUGUUAGCCGAAGACUCCCCAACAAAGUGCAGCUUAUUGCCCUGCAGCCCAUGACUGUCCCACCCCUGCUGAGUCACACUGACACUGGAAAAUUGUCCGAAACCAGCAAAUUCAAUAAGGAGAUCCAAGUAGCAAUGAGACAGAAAUCAGAGAUGGAGCAUCAUCGGAACAAGAUCCGUCUGCGUGCCAAAAGGAAGGGCCACUAUGACUUUCCUGCAAUGGAUGACAUAGAUCUUGCAGGAGCCAAAGAGCAGGACCACAUUUACCAUAAAGCACAAAUGCAGAUGGAUAAGAUCUUGGAUCGAAAUGCUCAGAUUCCUUCAAUUUUCAAGGAACCCCAAAAAAGUGCACGAGGGAAGUCCUCUCCCAAACAGAAAAUGAAGGAUCCGUUAAACGGAGGUGGAAUGACAGAUGCGGACAAAGAUCAACUCAUCACUGAAGACUCAGAGGCUGUUUAUAGGAAGUGUCCUGGGGUUAACAAUGUGGCCUAUGUGUCAGAUGCUGACCAAGCCUCGGGCAUGCCCCAUAGAAGCCCAUCUCCCACAGAUGAAGUGUUCCUCGGUCCCGCUUGCUCACCUCCCGGACAUGCCCCUCCCCCACCACCUUACAUGCCUCCGCAGCCCUCCAUCGAGGAGGCGCGGCAGCAGAUGCAUUCACUACUAGAUGACGCUUUCGCCCUCGUGUCGCCAACUUCACAGGGCAGUUCAGCUGGUGUGACGCUGCCAGGGGUCAUCGCCAAUUCUUCUGACUCAAGACUUUGGGGCCCCUCCUAUCAAGGUCUUGGUCCUUACACUGGUAGAUUCAGCAACCUGAGUGUGUCUCCUCCUCUAGUCCAAGGCUUAAUAUCAAGGCAGGAUCGCGCUUUAAGCUAUCUUCCCCCAGGAGAGAUGGCAGUGCCUGGGGAGCAGCUCGACGGUCUUUACCCCAGCAGAGGCCUUUACACUGACGAGCUGCCAACGUCAGCUCGGCCGCGGCCAGUAGGGGGCACUACUGACUCACCGCUGUUCCAGCGAUUGAGUCUGGCGACUGUCCGGCGGAUCAAAUUCCGAGGGCGGAGCAAGCCACAGCAAACAGACAGCGGAGUGGACCAAUCAGCGACGGGCAGACGUGACGUUGUUAAAGCGACAAGCGCCCAACUUCAUCAUCUUACACAAGUGGGCCUGUCUGGUCGAAUGAACGGCUAUCCCGCUGGGGUGAGAGGUUAUCCGGGACUGAAUGGAAACAUCAGCUGGAACGACUACCACGAGGAACCUUAUUGCGGAGCCUUACCAGAUAACAGUGUACAGAUGGCCAGAAGUGACCUCCGGGAGCUGUCAGCUCCUCCCGCCCACCCCGACCUUGGAGCAGGCUAUCUGUCAGCCCCUCUCACACUGGACGUGAGCCCUCCCACCCAAUCCUCAGCCUCCUUGAUUAAGGCCAUCCGCGAGGAGCUUUUACGCCUGUCACAGAAACAGGGGUUCCAUAGCUGAGGUAGCGCCGAGCCCACCUGCUUACGUAUGUGACAAUGCUUCCUGUGGAAGCUCACUAAUAAGCAAAGCAGAGAGCUGUUCCUGUUUGAUCUCAAUAUUAAGGUGGCUCAUUCAUGUUUCUGGAUGCACUUUUGUAGAUUUAACUCAUUCCCAAACCUUGACAGCGAUUAUACGUUGAUUUCAUAUGAACCGGGAGGACUGGCAGCGAAUGACCUAUCUCACCAUCAAAGCUCAAUGAAUGAGUUAAUUACACUGGAGUAUUUUGAGAAGGAAUAACCUCGAGUGUGUCACUAUGGGACACUUUUAUUACAUGAAGAACAGUAUGAGGACCAGGACUUGCACCUUGAAGGACCAUUCGGUUCGGUGUGUUCGUUGUCAUGAAAUCAUUGUUUACAGGAAAGGUUAAUCUCCAUUUUAUUCCUGAGCCAUGCUUUGCCUUGACAACGUGAAGGCGUUCGUUUGACGCCGCUGUAUUGUACACAGCCAGCAGUUCACUUUCUAGACUAUAAACUCAUUACGCUACCUACAUAUUAUCUUACCUAGCACAGAAUUAGUCUGAGAACCUUUUCUGGACAUUCCAAUCAUCUGUUUUUGUAUACUGUAUUUCAUUACAAACGUUUAGAAAUGUAAAACUUUGAAAUGCUUUGGCUUGGAGUUUAUUUUCAAAUGUAGAUCACACAGGAAAAGUUGGCGCUCAGAUGUUGUUUGCUCCACUGAAUGCGGACUACUGUGUUUUGAUUUCCAAAAUAAUAUUGAUUAGAGUGUGAUUGAGGAUGGUGAAGGAUACACUUGACCAGUAAUACGUUUACCAAAUCACUAUGUCUGUUUCAUGCAGUAUUUGAAUUGUGUUAAUGCCUUUCAACACAGGGUACUUUAUAUAUAAUAUGUCGUUAAUGUGCUUUUUAUGAUUUUUUUUUUUUAAUUGGCCUCGCCUUGUGUUAUGAGCAUCAUAAAAAGAUUGAAAUACUACUUUCCCCUGAUACUGUAUGUUGAGUUCACGUGUUGAAGUAAUUUUCUAUUUUUGUCAAAAGUGCAAACUAUUUAUUGUCCAAUCAGUUUAGAAUUAUUGUCUGCCAGCGGAAUGUGGUGGAUUGUAGCAGAACUCGAAUUGUAUGCAGUGACCUUAAGAUGACCAAAAACAAUAACACACACAAAAUAUGUCAUA